GAAAAUUACUUGUGCAAAUAUAAUAUGUCUCAUUAUAUUAUUGUUACUUAAUAAUAUAAUCUCUUGUACUUUGAAGUAGGUAAACCAACAUCACAACUCUCAAGCAAUCGAUGUUCGUAAAAAACCUGUACGUGUUCCGUCAUAUAUGUUGACCCCCGACUUAAACCUCAUAUUAUAAUGAAUUAUAAUGUUGAAUUUUCUGUGUUGGUUUUUGGCAGAAAUCGAUUACUAGUCUUGUCGAAGAAUUGUACAGGAAUCGGGUACACAUAUAUAAAUAAUAUACAUGUAUAAUAACACAAAAACAUAUUUUGCCGAUACGUCAGCACCAUCAGAGCCGCACCGCAUCAAACAUGUCAUCGUUUUGCCUGAACUCCGUGAUCUUAAUGACCGUGACCACGGUCAUGGUGGCGCUCGUCACAUUCACCGGGUGCACAGCCUCUGAUGACAGACCGGGCAUGAGUGACAUUCGUCUGGCUAAGAGGGACGCCGACCACAAAGAAAACAACGCCGACAGCGAGGAAGGGUUUUUUUUUAGUUUAACAAAUUUUUUCGGACGCAGUAAACACGACGAAGAUGACGAUAAACCGGAUUUCAUCACCACUUUCGACUUAAUCCGGCUUUUGGACGAGAAAUACGCUAUGAAGCAAUUCUAUUGCGUCAUAAAUGAGGACCCGUGUGACUCCGUCGGAAUGAGGCUCAAAGCCACUAUACCCGAAGAAAUAAACAGAGAUUGCGAACGCUGUACCGCAACAGAGACCAACAAUAUCCGACGAAUUUUAAAUUACGUGAAGAAACACUAUCCAAAAUUUUGGGAACGUGUUGAACCAAUUUAUAGAGAUAAAAUGACUGUUUUAACUGCUAAUAUCGUUAAAAUACAAUAAAAUAAUUAGUAACACAUUUUUUAUAAAUAAUUAAUAUUUAUUUUAACAGAAACAUAUAUUAUUAUAUUAUCUAAUUUUUAUAAGCAUAUAAUUACAUUAUAUUAAAAUAUACCUUAAGUAGUCAGAAAUACAUUAUUUGUUUUGUACUGGUUCUAAUACAACGGGAACUGCAUAGAAAAAGUAGUUUAAGAAAUAAAGAAUGAAACGAAUUAAUGUUUAGCAGCCGCAGCCCUUUCCGCGUCGAAUUUUUCGAUCUUCUUUUUGUAUUCGCCUGAUGGGUCGUAUUUGGCGGUCAAAUUAUCAAAGUCUUUAGAACGGUUUUUGAUCAAAAACUUGAUUACUUUUUCUGAUCUGUCUUUUUGUACAGCUGUACAUUUGCUGCAGUCAGUUUUCAAUGCGUCUGGUAAAACUUCUGCAAAUUUAAUCAGACAAGAAAAUAUAAUUAUAACACAUGUACAUUAUUGUGAAAAAGAAGUUUAAAAACAAUUAUUAAUAAACAUUUUAAUAUAGCAAGGAAAAAUUUAAGGAUUAACCACACAUUUUACGUAUCGACUUUGUUUCUUUCUAAAUACUAUACACGGUAAUUCGGCUCAGAUGAAAAAUAAUUACAACACCCGGUGAAAGUGAGUCUGACUGAGUAAGCAAGGUCUUGUCGAUAUAAUAUUAUGUUUAAUGUGAAAGUGAAAACCGUAAUCUUAAGAAUACAAAUAAAAUUAUAAUUGUUAGUGUUGUUCUUAUUUAUCGUUUACGGUAACUUGGUUAAGUAUAACAUUAUAAUACGGUAUGUAUUAUUGUUAUAUCGAUAUGUACUCAAGAUGAUAAUUUAGUACGAUUGUCAGAUAAAUAAAAUUAUAUUAUGCUGACGAACUUAAAGCAUUUUAUAAAGUAGGUACAAUAUUAAAUAUAUAUGUUAUGGUUUUUUUUUUUAUAUUGGUAAUUUUUUGAUACUUAUAUAAUAUAUAUUAUAUAUAUAUAUAUAGAAGUUGUUAUAGAGUAUAGAUUAUAGUAUACCCCAGAAGUAUAUAGAUAUUACAAUUUUUAAAAAUGUACCGAUAGUUAAAUCAAUGUCAUUAUAAUUUUAAUUGUAUAACAUACUUGAAAAUUGAAAUACUAAAAUAUAAUAUACGUUUGUUCUUAUAUGA